AAAAAAAACUCAAAAUAAAUAAGUAAAACUCCAAAAACCAGUUCGACAAAACAGAAACCCCCCCCCCACGCCCCAUCUCCUCUUCUCCGACCCCGCUGCUGACAACACCCACGCCGCCGCCUCCCACCUUGUUUUAAGCUCUCUUUCUUCUCCGGCCGCUGCCAAUUUGUCUCCUCCUUGUUUCAGUUGCCAUUUCAAUGGAGGGGCUCAAGGUUUCGGAUGCUAAUUUGGUUGUUUACGUUCACCCAUCUAAAAGUAAGAAGGUUUCACAAGCCGUGCUUCGAGAGCUUGGCACUAUGCUGCUAAAAUUUGAUGAAAAGUUUGAAGGCGUGCUAUUGGCUUAUGAGGCCAACAUUAUUGAUAAAAAUGCGAAGAUUCUAUCUGGAGUGCAUCCCUAUUUUGGCGUGACCAUAAAGGCAAAGCUAUUACUUUUCUCUCCAAAACCAAACAUGCUUUUAGAGGGAAAGGUGGUGAAGCUAAGGCAAGAAUCAAUCCAUGUUAUUGUCUUAGGUUUUUCUUCUGGUGUAAUAACCGAUGAAGAUAUUCGCGACGAAUUCAAGCAUAGAACAAAACAUGGAGAAGAAAUGUUUGUCAGCAGAGUUCACAAGCACCAUGUAAUAAAAGUUGGGACAAUGAUACGAUUUUUGGUGAAGAGUUUUGAUGAGGAAAUAUUACAUAUCUCUGGAUCUCUAGUUCCAUCUCACACAGGAAGCAUCCAUUGGUUGGAGAAGAAUUCUGUUGAAGGUUCAGUAACUAAUAGCAGCAAAAAGAAGACGAGAGAAAACGAGGGAAAGGCGAGCGUUUCCACAGAUGCGAAUGCACUUAUCUUGAACAAUGACCAUCAAUCAAAAACCAAAAGGCAAAAAACUACCAGAAUAUCUUGAGGACUGCUAAUCUAAUUGUCAUAUAACAUAGAUUGUUUUUGUAUCAGAUAGGAGUGUAGAUGGGCCGGGUCGUGUCAGUUUUCCUAUAAAGCCGACCCGGUUCGGGUUUUCAAACUUCAAAGCAGAGAUCCUCAUUGUUUUCCUAUAGUAAGAAAGGCUUGGGCGAUGCACCUUGCACUUGGGAAGAUCUCCCCUACUUAGAUGAUAACAACUUCAUAGAUUAGGGUUUGGACAAAUACGGCUCCCCAUUAUUUUUGCAACCGUUAUGAAGAGAGGCCCAAAUGCAUGUAUUAAAGCUUGUCUAAUGACAAUUUAUCAAUUUUCACCUUUAAAUUUUAAAUUUUUGUUGGAAGCUUGUAGAAGGUUAUUAUUAUUAUUGUUUUGGGCAAAUUGUGAAAACCACUCUAAUGUUCGUUGGUGCAGUUAUAUCUUCAAAUUUUUGUUCAUAAAAA